CUCUUGUCGAUAAAUAGAGCUUCAGCUGGCGAGCUGGGUGAAGCUUUUCCGGCAGCGAAUUGGCUCUGAUCUUCUGUUUCUUCUCAGCGCUAUCGAUAUGGGUCGAGUGUCGUGGAUCCUUUCGCUGCUCUCGGUGACAAGCUGCGUUUCCGCCGUGGCUUGGAUUGGAGAAGUCAAGGAGGUGGACGGCGUAACUUACCAGUGCAAGUGCUACUCGGACAAUGCAUGCUGGCCAAAGAAUGCAGAAUGGGAUGCGCUGAACACGACUGUCGGCGGUGCUUUACAAGUCGCCGUGCCUCCGGGUGCGCCUUGCCAUAAGCAGCUAGGAAACUCGUCGAUUAGCGUAUACAACGAAGCGGCCUGCUCAAAUGUGCAAGCCAAUUGGGUGAAUGAGCAAUGGCUGACUGACCACCCCAUUGCAAACCUCUGGCCUCUCUACACCAACAACACCUGCCUGCCGACGGACAAUCCCAGCGCUCCUUGCACACGGGGCUUCUACGGAACCUACGUGAUCCUAGCGACGACCAAGGCGCACAUCAAAGCUGGUAUUGACUUCGCGAGAGAGCACAAUCUUCGACUGAUUAUCCGGAACACUGGCCAUGACUUCAUGGGCCGCUCGACGGGAUACGGAUCCUUGAUCAUCAACACCCACACCUUCAAGGACGUCACGUUUACGAAGAAGUAUGAUGGCCCAGGGAACUGGACAGGUGGCGCUGCGGUGGUCGGCGCUGGUGUUCAAGGACGCGAACUCUUCCGAAAGUGUUUUGCUCAGAGUCCUCCGGUUGUCAUCGUCGGUGGAGAGUGCCCGACCGUUGGUUGGGCCGGCGGAUACAUACUAGGAGGAGGCCAUGGUCCUUUGACAACCAUCUACGGAAUGGGAGCGGACAACGUGCUCUCGUUCGACGUGGUAACAGCUUCGGGAGAAUACGUCACAGCCAAUGCGAAGGAGAACCCCGAUCUGUUCUGGGCCUUGAAGGGAGGUGGUCCCGUCUUCGCCACGGUUGUGUCCAUCACCGCUAAGACGUUCCCGGAGGUCCCAACCGCCGGCACCAGACUCAACAUCAACAGCACCCUUACCAACGACUCGGCUGUCUUCAAUGAAGGCUUCCGUAUCUUCCACAAUCUUGCCAACCACUACGUGGAGAACGGCAUGUUCGUCUACUUCGAACUCUCCCUCGGCACAUUGCAUAUCCAGCCGUUCGUGGGGCCGAGGAUGGACGAGGCAAAGAUCAAGGAAGUACUGAAGCCACUUUUUGAUCAGCUGAACGCCGCCAAUAUCCCGUACGAUGCGUACACCAGGGCGUUCCCCACGUUCUUCGAGCUAUACAUCGACAUGUUCGAGGACGAGCAGCCGAACCAGAACUCGGUAGUCGGCGGCCGCAUCUUCACUCACCAAGACAUCGAGGAGAACGGCGACGGGGUUGCCAAGGCGCUCCUGUUCGCUAGCCAGCCGACGAACGACACCUUCGGAUUCUCUGUUGGACAUAUCGUCGAUCCAGGGCAUGGUGUGCCGGUAGCGGAUAACGCGAUCCAUCCCACGUGGCGCAAUGCGAGCAGCUUUGUGAUCACCAACGUGAUCAUGACCGGCACCGAGAGCUGGGAGGUAAAAAUGGAGCGCGAGAACGUCCAAACGAACGUCGUCGGAAAGGCGUUGAGGGAGGCGGGUCCGAAUGGUGCUACCUAUGUGAACGAAGGCGAUCUUAACGAGCCGAACUGGCAGGAGUCGUACUGGGGCAGCAAGUACCCUAGACUCCUCGAGAUCCGGAAGAAGUGGGAUCCCACCGGGCUGUUCUAUGCCAAGACGACUCCUGGCACGGAGGACUGGGAUGUGAUUGACUAUGGGACGAAGCUCUGCAAGAAGGCGUCGUGAAGGGAUGCGGCACCGUGAACAUAAACGAAGGGAUGAUAUU